AUGAAGAAGACCAUUGAAGAAGCCAUUGAUGUCAUAGAAAUAGUGGCUGACAAUGAGUAUUUCUAUGACUCAGAGAGAAGCAACAAUAGAGGAGUCAUGAAGUUAAACAAGAUGGAUGCAAUCCUAGCCCAAAAUAAGAUGAUCACUAAGAAACUAGCUGACUUAACCAAGCAAAUGGAGAAAAAUCAUGCUGUAGCUAUCCACACUAAACUAUCACCUCAAUCCGAGUCAAAUACAGAAGAAGGAGUUGACUGGGAACAAGCUAAUUACAUUGGAAAUUCUUCAAGACAAGAACAUGAUCCAUACUUCAAGACAUACAAUCCAGGUUGGAAGAACCACCCAAACUUUUGGUGGGGAAACCAACCAAACCAGAACCAAAAUCACAGACUCCACAACUUCAACCAAUUCAACAAUUCCACCCACCACAACUCUAACCAAAGUCUAUAUCAACCCUCACAAAAUAAUUACUCUCAGCCACCAUAUCAAGCCCAAGCCAAUCAGCCUCAACACCCAAUUUCUACCCCACCAUCAGAGGACAAACUAUCUAGCAUUAAAGCUAUGCUUGCAAACCUUUGCAUGGAGUCUGAUGAUAUGAAAAAAUUAAAAGAAGAGGUGAGAUCCAAUUUGCAAAAUCAAGAUGCUGCCAUUCAAAAACUUGAAGUACAGAUUGGGAGUGGAAAGGAAUUGAAAGAGACCUCAAAGGAAACUCAAAAAGAAGAAGCAGAGGGAAGUUCAAGUGAUAAGGAAGAAGCACAAACACAUGCUCCCAAUCCACCUAAAGAAAAAGAAGUCCUAAGGUCAUAUGUCCCUAAAGCACCCUACCCUCAGCGCCUAAUGAAGAAUGCAAAGGACAACCAAUUCUCCAAAUUCUUGGAGAUUUUCAAGAGAUUGCAGAUCAACAUUCCCUUUGCUGAAGUAUUAGAGCAAAUGCCGCUCUAUGCUAAGUUUCUCAAGGAGUUAAUGACCAAGAAGAGAAGUUGGAGAAAUGACAAAACUGUAGUGUUAACUGAGGAAUGUAGCACCAUCAUCCAAUACAAAUUGCGUCAGAAAUUGAAGGACCCAGGAAGCUUCCAAAUUCCUUGUAUCAUAGGAGAAAUCACAGUGGAGAAGGCCUUAUGUGAUUUGGAGCCAUCAUAA